CUCCCUCCCUCUCUCCUACAGAUUGUUAAGAUAAGAAGUGGUCAUGGUUUUGUUGCUAUGAAGGACUCAUACAAACCAUACAGACACUUGGAAUUCCUAACAUAUUCUAAUAUUAGAUCAGUCAUUGAUUUCACUGACAGCGAAGAUGUUGUUAAUGGUUUUGGUCUGUUAGUCCAUUGGUCUGAUGAUCCUCAGGAGAGAUUAUUAACUUUUAAAAUUAACGGAGACUCAUCAAUUAAAACAGAACUAAUUAAUAAAAUAUCUCAAAUGAUGUGUACCAGUAACUGUGCCCCAUCUCCAGAUAUGUUUGUAUGGAAGACCUCAUCAGAUAUAUUACACUCAAUGCCAAAGACUGGAGGUAGCAUUGGACCCAUUGAUACUGGAACCAUUAAAAGAGCAUUCACGUAAGAGAGAGAGAGAGAGAGGGAGAGAGGGAGG